AUGGUUUGUGAAUUACUGAAAGAGGGGAGUAAGGAGCGGGACAUAGAGCUAGUUAGGAGGCUUUUCUUACCCCAGGAUGUAGAGGCAAUUCUAAGCACUCCCAUCAGUGAUUUGGUUGCUAUUGAUAGAAUGGUUUGGGCUGAAGAUAAGAAAGGAAGAUUUACCGUGAAGAGUGCUUAUAGGCUGGCUAGGGAAAUUGAGGCAGAGGGUGAGGUAUGGAGUUCUUGCAAACUUUCCCUACCUUUCAACGUUCAAGAGUCAUGGAGUUUCUUGGAUACCUUUAGUAGACUUUGGAUUUGUUGGGAAACACAACAAGGGAUGCUGGAAAGGUGGGUCUCGAUUUAUUGGGGCAUUUGGAAGAGUCGAAACGAGGUUUGGCAUGGAGGAAAGAAGCGUCCAGGGCUGAUAAUUGUGAUAAAUGCUCUAAGACUUUUGGAGGAUUACCAUUCUGCCAAUGUGAAGUCGAGCCAAUCUAGUUCGAACACCCAAAACAUAGCUAUCUGGAAGCCUCCUCCGCCGGGUUACUUCAAAGUCAAUGUAGAUGGAGCGUUAUUCGCAAAAUCUAAGCAAUCUGGUGUGGGUGUGAUCGUGCGAGACGAGGAUGGUAACGUGGUCGCGGCCAUGUGUAGGAAGCUGGACUUACCUCUCGGUGUGUGA